CACAAAACCAGAAAACGAGUAUCUUAUAAAUAGUGCGCAUUGUUUGGCACACACAUAUACACACACUCCAAUACAACAACAACCAAGAGCGUGCUGUUGUCCAAAAAGUCUGAGCUGCGGCCAUCAACAAGCGGCUCGCACUUCAAAACUUGGCGUAGGUCAGCACCGAGCCACGAAUAAAUAAAUAAAUAAACCAAAAUAUGCCCCAAACUUUGGGCUGAUUGAACCCGAACUUGAGGCGCAAUCAACGGACCCACAACUGCACACAUAACGGCACACAAAUUGGCCAAUGGGCGUUACAUUUUUGCCGGCUACUCCCCCCACAUUUCUCUGAACAGUGCGGAACUUCAUUUCUGGCCCCUUUCUGCUCGCUCGAAUCGGAAUCGAAUCGAAUCGAGAAAAUGGUGCAGUGGUCGCUUAUCAUUGGCGCUCUGGGCGCCCUCGUUGCCGUCCUUGGCGCCUAUUGUGGCUGGUUUCUAUUCCCCACCAUGGUGCACAAAAAGGUUGAACAGAGUGUUAUCAUUGCGGAUGGCUCAGAGCAAUACAAACGCUUCGUCAAUCUACCCCAACCACUCGUUUUUAAGGUUUUCAUUUUCAAUGUAACGAACCCGGACAUGGUACAACGAGGUGCCAUACCCAUAGUCAAGGAAAUCGGUCCGUAUGUCUACAAACAAUAUCGCCGCAAGAAAGUCAAGCACUUCUCGCGUGACGGAUCGAAGAUCUCCUAUGUCCAGAAUGUGCAUUUCGACUUCGAUGCAGAUGCCUCGGCACCCUACACACAAAACGACCGGAUUGUGGCGCUCAACAUGCACAUGAACGCAUUUUUACAAGUAUUCGAAAGAGAAAUCACAGAUAUCUUUCAGGGUUUUGCAAAUAGAUUGAACUCGCGGCUGAAUCGCACGCCCGGCGUACGCAUUUUAAAGCGUUUGAUGGAGCGCAUUCGAGGGAAACCGCCUUUUAGCUGGGCUUACGGCAUCUUUGUCAACAUUAUUGAAGAUGUCAAAUCCGUAUUGCAAAUAUCCGAGAACGAUCCCGGCCUGGCGCUUCUGCUGGUGCAUCUGAAUGCCAAUCUGAAGGCCGUCUUCAACGAUCCCCGCUCCAUGUUCGUGCACACAUCGGUGCGUGAGUAUCUGUUCGAUGGCGUGCGGUUCUGCAUCAAUCCACAGGGCAUUGCCAAGGCCAUCUGCAAUCAGAUCAAGGAGAGCGGCUCGAAGACGAUACGCGAGCUCAGCGAUGGCAGUUUGGCAUUCUCUUUCUUCAGUCACAAAAACGGCACCGGCCGCGAGGUCUAUGAGGUUCACACGGGCAAGGGAGAUGCCAUGAAGGUGCUGGAGAUACAGAAGCUAGACGAUUCCCACAAUUUGCAAGUGUGGCUCAACACGAGUGCCGAGGGCGAUACCUCGGUCUGCAAUCAGAUCAAUGGAACAGACGCCUCCUCCUACCCACCAUUUCGACAGAGGGGCGACUCCAUGUAUAUUUUCAGCGCUGAUAUUUGUCGUUCGGUGCAGCUGUUCUAUCAGUCGGACAUACAGUACCAGGGUAUUCCGGGCUUCAGGUACUCCAUAGGUGAGAACUUCAUCAAUGAUAUAGGACCGGAGCAUGACAACGAAUGCUUUUGCGUCGACAAGCUGACGAAUGUGAUCAAACGCAAGAAUGGCUGUCUAUAUGCCGGCGCCUUGGACCUGACCAACUGCUUGGACGCGCCCGUCAUUCUGACGCUGCCGCACAUGCUUGGCGCCUCCAACGAGUACACGAAAAUGAUUCGCGGACUCAAGCCCGACGCCAAGAAGCAUCAGACCUUUGUGGACGUGCAGUCGUUGACGGGCACUCCACUGCAGGGAGGCAAGCGGGUGCAGUUCAACAUGUUCCUCAAGAGCAUCAAUCGCAUAACCAUAACCGAGAAUCUGACGACGGUGCUGAUGCCCGCCAUCUGGGUGGAGGAGGGCAUUGAACUGAACAAUGAGAUGGUGGCCUUCUUCAAGAAGAAGCUCCUCAACACACUCAAGACCCUGGACAUUGUGCAUUGGGCGGCGCUGUGCGGUGGAGUGGGCGUGGCAGCCGUUUGCCUGCUCUACUUUGCGAUGCAACGCAGUCGACCGCAGGAAGCGCCCGUCAAGUAGAGAGUUCCUGAAGGCUCCUGAAUUUCUAAUCUAUUACCUGCUUACUCGUAUUGUUAUUAUUAAUAUAAAUGUAUAUUAUAUUAUGCUUAUGUGUGUAUAUUGAAGUAUGUAACUUGGUUCUAAAACGUCUCAGUGUCUCUCUCA